UAUAUGAUUGAUGAACACAAAAUUAUAUGAUAAAGAUGACGAGUAGGAUGAGGAUUACGAUUUUCAAAGGCAGUUGAGAUCAGACGGUCAACAAUUGUGCGUGUGUCCAAUUUUAAUGGGCUCACUUAGCUUGGCAGUUGGAAGUUGGAACUCUACUCCCUCAGCGCUAGGAACAGAAAAGGCGGGAAAGGGGGUUAUGAACAGAUUGCGUUGUCGACCGUUGUGCUCUCCUCUCAAAUCAUGUCUCCAACGCAUCCACCUAGAUUCAGUCCAACAAACUCAAUUCCCUCUCCACUCUACUGCUGCUUCCUUUCCCUCCAUUUUUGUUUCAAAUCGACUUUUGGAUGAUUUGUCUAAAUCGGGGCGGGUUGAUGAAGCUCGCCAAUUGUUUGACCAAAUGCCAUGUCGGGAUGAUUUCUCUUGGAACACCAUGAUCUCCGCGUAUGCCAGAUUGGGUCGACUAACCGAGGCGCGACAGCUCUUCGAUCAAACUCCAACCCAGACUUCAAUCACUUGGUCCGCCCUCAUUUCUGGUCAUGCUCGUCAGGGGGAUGGGCUGGGAGCGCUUGAAUUAUUUUGCCAAAUGCGGUCAGAUGGGCUGCAGCCGAAUCAGUAUACGCUGGGCAGCGUCCUUCGUGCAUGUUCAGUCUCUUUUAUGCUUCGAAGAGGGGAACAGAUUCAUGCCCAUGCGAUAAAGACUCGAUUUGAUUUAGACAUUUUUGUUGUCACAGGGCUUGUCGACAUGUAUGCCAAGUGUCAGCAAAUUUUGGAUGCAGAGUAUCUAUUCAACAUGAUGCCUGAUAAAAAAAACCAUGUUUUGUGGACUGCUAUGGUUACUGGGUACUCACAAAACAACUAUGAGCUUAGAGCAAUGCAGUGUUUUCGAGACAUGAGAGCAGAAGGUGUUAGGUCAAACCAGUUUACCUUUCCGAGUGUAUUGACCGCUUGUGCAGCACUUUUGGAACGUUGGUUUGGAAUGCAGGUGCAUGGUUGCAUAAUUCGGACUGGUUUUGGGGUCAACGUAUUUGUUGAAAGUGCAUUGCUUGACAUGUAUGCAAAAUGUGGAGACUUGAAUAGUGCAAGGAGAGUGUUGGAAAGUAUGGAGGUCGAAGAUAUUGUUUCUUGGAAUUCUUUGAUUGUUGGGUGUGUGAGGCAGGGGUUUGAAAGAGAAGCUAUAUCCUUGUUUAAGAAAAUGCACAUGAGAAAUAUGAAGAUUGAUGAUUUCACGUAUCCAUCUGUACUGAACUCACUUGCUUCCGUUAUGGAUGUAGAACAUGCCAAGUGCGUUCAUUGUUUGAUUGUAAAAACUGGUUUUGAGGCUUACAAACAUGUGAGCAAUGCUCUCAUUGAUGUGUAUGCAAAGCAAGGUAACUUAAAUUGCGCUUUCAGUGUGUUCCACAGAAUGCCUGAACAAGAUGUUGUCUCAUGGACUUCACUCAUCACUGGCUAUGCACACCAUGGCUUCUAUGAAAAUGCACUCAAGCUGUUCUGUAACAUGAGAAUUGUGGGCAUUGAUCCAGAUCAAUUUGUCAUUGCCAGUAUUUUAAGUGCCUGUGCUGAACUAACAAUUUUGGAGUUUGGACGGCAAGUUCACGCAAACUUUAUUAGAUGUGGCCUCAAGUCUUCUUUGUCAGUAGAUAAUUCACUUGUUACCAUGUAUGCAAAAUGUGGGUGCAUAGAGGAUGCUCAUCAAGUCUUUGAUUCGAUGCUGAUGCGGGAUGUGGUUUCUUGGACGGCUUUGAUUGUUGGCCAUGCACAGAAUGGUAGGGGUGAACACUCUUUAAAGCUCUAUGACCAGAUGAUCCUAAAUGGAAUAAGACCUGAUUAUGUUACUUUCAUUGGCUUGCUAUUUGCCUGCAGCCAUGCAGGCCUUGUGGAGGAUGGUUGCCGUUACUUUGAAUCCAUGGGUGAUGUUCAUGGCAUAACACCAGGACCCGAACACUAUGCCUGUAUGAUUGACCUUCUUGGAAGAUCUGGAAAAAUUGCCAAAGCAAAGGAGAUUCUUGAAAAAAUGACCAUCAGACCUGAUGCAACAGUAUGGAAGGCAAUGCUGGCAGCAUGUAGAAUCCAUGGAAACUUGGAACUGGGCGAGAGGGCAGCAAUGAACCUUUUUGAAUUGGAACCUGCAAAUGCUGUGCCUUAUGUGCUUCUAUGUAAUAUGUUUUCUGCAGCUGGUAGAUGGGAUGAUGCUGCGAGCAUACGGAAACUGAUGAAGUCAAGAGGAAUUUGUAAAGAGCCAGGAUGUAGUUGGAUGGAGAUCAACAGCAAAGUGCAUACCUUUACAGCUGAAGAUAGGAGCCAUUCAAGGAUGUCAGAGAUAUACUCCAAGGUUGAUGAGAUCAUGAGCUUAAUUAAGGAAGCUGGAUAUGUGCCAGACAUGAACUUUGCACUCCAUGACAUGGAUGAGGAGGGUAAGGAGCUUGGCCUCACCUACCACAGUGAGAAGUUGGCUGUUGCUUUUGGGCUUCUCAGUGUGCCUCGUGGAGCACCUAUUCGGAUUUUCAAGAACCUCCGUGUCUGUGGGGACUGUCACACUGCUAUAAAGUUCAUAUCAAGAGUCUUUCAACGGCAUAUUAUCUUGAGAGAUUCAAACUGCUUUCAUCACUUUAGUGAGGGCAGAUGUUCUUGCAGGGAUUAUUGGUAGAAUUGUCAAAUGGUUACCCCUUCCACCAGUGAUCUUCAAGCUAUUUUGGUAGUCAUGCCAUGGUUAUGAAAAUAUAUUCAAGUUAAUUCCUGCUAAAUUGGAGUUUGAGUGGCCAGUCUCUAGUGGUUGAAGUAAUUCAUUAUUUGAAACACCAUUCUCCUUUUUCAUUUGUUAUUCAGCAUUCUAAUUUUGUACAAAAUUAAGUGCUCUCUCUCUUUGAUGUACCAACCUAAGGAGAGAUACAAUGCAGACUGAAACCUGUCUGACCUGGAUAAAAUUGGUCCAGAAGUAACAUAAUAUACAGUUAAAAGUUCAGCCAAGUGGCUUA